UCCCAAAACUAUAAUCACCUUUGAGGGGAACCAAGUGGCCAGUGCCCUGCAGAACAACAUGCCCAAGUUUUAUUGUGACUACUGUGAUACAUACCUCACCCAUGACUCUCCAUCUGUGAGAAAGACACACUGCAGUAGUAGAAAACACAAAGAGAAUGUGAAAGGCUACUCUCAGAAAUGGAUGGAAGAGCAGGAUCAAAGGGUAAGUGACAAAACAACCUCAGCAUUUCAGCAAGGAGAGAUACCUCCUACUCCGUUCUCUGCUCUUCCUCCUUCAGGGGCAAUGAUUCCACCUCCCCCCAGUAUUCGUGGUCCUUCUUGUCCUGGUAUGAUGCCAGCACUCUAUAUGGGGGGCCCUCCCAUGAUGCCAAUGAUGGGUCCUCCUCCUCCUGGGAUGAUGCCAGUGAGACCUGCUCCUGGAAUGAUGCCACCUAUGGGAGGGCACAUGCCCACGAUGCCUGGGCCCCCACUGAUGAGACCUCCUGCCUGUCCCAUGAUGGUACCCACUCGGCCAGUAAUGACUCGACCAGAAAGAUAAGGAGAGAGGGGAGACACUUUUUAUCAGUUUUAUAUUACUUGUUCUACUUCACCAGGAGAUCGUGAUGCUGUGACUCUAGGUGUUUUCUAACAGUGUGACAAGGAAGACUCACCCUCUUCCUAUCGAAGAGAGAACAGUUUUGGAGGGGAGCAGUGGGACAAAAACAGAAAUUCUCAUUUGCAUUGUGAAAUGUGAAAAUAAAACUGUAAACUCUGUUAGCUAAAAAUGUGUUCCCUUUCUCUCCCUUCUGUGUUUGUUAAUUACAAAAGAGAUGAACUACUUCAAAA